AUGGACGCAGUCAAAGUGGACACCAGCAUUUUUAAAAAAUGGCGUUAUAUCAGAAGAAAGAGAAAAGGGAAAGGACAACACAGAGGCUUAACACGCCUCCGGAAGUGGACUGUCCGUCACAGGAAGCACUCAAGCACAGAGACAGCCGCGUCGACAGAAAGGUGCACAUGGGACACACGGAAAAGUGUAGCUGUCACCCCAUACUGUAAGGAACAAAUAAAACAAAGGGGUAAGAGAACAUUCGUUUUGAGAAAGACACAGAGGAGAAGCAGCAUGGGUGCCGAAGAAACAAAAACGAGUGUAGACAAGGAUGAUAUUUUUACAAACCACAAAAUGAACAAUUCGAAGCUGCUACUGUUGUUAGCAAAAUAUAUGCACUCCUGGGACAUAUCGAGGAAGAGUUCCCACGAGGCAAAUUGUUACAGUGACUCGACAUGCGCGUCGUCAAAAAAGAAUGUGCACAUCUGGAAGGACAAAAGAGAGAAAGAAGAUCUAUACUCUGAGAGAGAUACCAAAAAGUGGAAACACAACUGCAGGUAUGAGAAGGAAAGGGACUUAAAUUUUAUGAACCAUGUGAACUGCAACAUGACUGUGCAAGUUCACUCACUCUUUACCUUCUUUUGCACAAAAUUAAGAAUUAAAGAUAAGGCAUAUUUCGACAAGAAAAAUAUGUUAAAUAAAAUUUCCUCUAAGGAAAAAAGCGCAUGGAUUCAGAAGCAUGGUAGUAAGGACUAUUCUACCAAGCUAAAAAAUCAAUACAUCCCAAAAGAUAAGUUAAAAAUUAUGAGUGACAUUAAGGGCAAACCUAGCAAAGCUCCUCCUCCAUCUUACAAGACGCAAAGCACGCGGAUCAACAACGAUGAGGAGGCGUUGGGGGAGAAGGGGCAGGUGACGGAGGGAACAAAUGCACAACAUACCAUUGCCGAUAGUAAUAACGAUAAUAGGAGUGAAAAUGCUACAAAUGCUUUUGAGAUGGAAGUGGGAAAAGGAACCCCCGAAGAGGACAACCAAUCACAAAUUAAUGAAGACCAAUUUGUUGAUGAAUUGGAUUUAGAAGAUUUCGACAGCGAUGGAAAUAAAAAGGAAAAGACUUAUUACACAGAUCGGUGCAUACUGGACAAGAGUGUCAAACGGGUUUCCAUCCUAGACAAGUUAAGUAUAGGGCUCGACGAUAAACAGAAUGGAAAGGAGAAUUACCAAGGAGUAAAAAGGGAGGUGCUGAAUGGCAAAAAUGGGAAAGUAGCAACGCACUCGUAUGCAAAUAAAGCCGAGUUAAUAAAGAACCAGUUUCCCAAUAAGGAAAAGGGGCGCCCUUACAUUGGUAUAACCGAGGACGGGGGAGAGGUCGCCAAUUUGAAGGACUCCUACGAUGGCACUGGGCCCAGUGCGGCGUACCCAAAGGAGAGCAGUAGUAGCGGUAACAACGUGGGGGCAUACCCAAUAGACAAUUACAAAAUGCACCCCCCCAGGAAGGGAUCCAUCAAGAACCCACCCACAGGGGAGGUCACCAUGGACGCCCAGACACUGAGGGCGACAGAGCCCUCGGUAAGUGGGCAAACGGGGUAUGCCAAUAACGGCCAAGUUCUAUACGACUUGAACAAUCAGAUGGGGUAUAACCCGUAUGGUCCCCCCAAUUAUCAAAUGAAUUGUCCCCCCAAUUACCAAUUGAAUUAUCCAGCCAAUUUUUCGAUGAAUGAGCCUCCCAAUUUUCCACUAAGCGGCCAGCCCAAUUUUGCUGCGAACGCACCAGCUAAUUUCCCGGUGAACAGCGAGGCGGGAAUUUACCCCAACUACAGUAAUUACCCCAAUUAUGGAAAUUACCCCAAUUAUGGAAAUUACCCCAAUUAUGGAAAUUACCCUAAUAAUGGAAAUAACCCUAAUUACAGCAAUGGUGAGAGCUAUCCCCAAUGGGCAAACCACCAACCGUACGGCAACAUCGGCGGUGGCCCAGCCGAGGGGGGAGCAAGACCAAGCGAAAACAACAUUAAUCAAACGAACCUAGUGGCGUAUAGUAAUAACCAGAGGAAAGUGAAGUACGACGAGGAUUUCACACUCAACUAUAUUCUUCGAAAGUGCGAAGACGAUGAUAAGUUCUUCUGCAGCAACGAUGAGGACAGUGUAAACAACGGGGCAGGAAACAAAAACGAGUUGAAGAAAUACACAGAAGGCAUGAAUAGGAUAGUAGAGCAAAUGUACUUUUAUGAUAAUUUUUAUGACGAAUUCAAAAUAUGUGAAGAGAAAAAAGAAGAUUCGAAUGUCACGCACACCAUUAUGGACACGUCCUUAAAUUUAAAUGUGAUUGAUGCGGAUGCGGACAUGCAGAAAGAGAGCAAAGACAACCAGGAGCUGAUUUCCCAGAUGGAGUUAAAAAUUAAUGAGCUAGAAAAAAAUAUAGAAGAAUUAAAAAAACAAAAUCAAAUGAAUGACAAAGGAAGGAAUAGCAAAGGAGAGGAAGACGGGGAUGGGGAGAAGAAGGGCGCAAAGGGGGAAACAGCCGAGGGGGGCAAGAAGUCCAAGAAAAGCGCAGUCAUACACAAACUUAAAAGAGAAAUUGAGAGAAUAAAAAGGGAAAACAUGAAGAAGAAAAAAAAAGCCAAAGAUAAGAACAAGGGAAAGGGGAAAGGGAAGGAUGGCGUGGCUCCACAGGAAGAGGAAGCGCCAAAGGGGGAACAACCUGGCAGCGGCGUAGUGGACAACGCGAACCAGGAUAAUCGCAGCGAGGACAAUUUUAACCUUGACAAUCUCAUCAACGCAGACCAGCUGAAUACAUUCAAAAACGAAAUUCUGAACAACGUAUAUUAUUACAUAUACGAAUCGUAUGACCAAAAGGAUUUUGAGGUUUUGGAAAACCUAGCAAAAAAGCACGAGACGAAAGGGCGAAGAAUAACCUACGACGUGAAUUUGCCCAAGCAUAGCUUUAAGCACAAAAGGACAUCCAGCGCCUGGUUUUUAAACCCCUUGUAUGAAAAUUACAUGCUUGAGAAGGCAAAAAAAAAAAAAAAAACGAAAAAGGAUGAUAUGUCUAGCUCAGCAUAUGACAAGGUGGAAUUUCUCUUCCACGAAUACGAACCGGACAAUGUUGUAAAAUUAAAAGAAGAAAAUAAAAGUGGAGCCAUGUCAGAAAUCAGGGAUAGCGAUUUUUCUUAUGAAAGUUUCAUAAGUGAGAAAAAAAAAAAAAUAAAAAAAGACAAAAUUGAUCUGAUCAAAAUGAAGAAUGAAAUUAUCCGGAAAAGGGGAAAAACUAAUACCCUCCAAAGGAAAGAGGCGGAUGUGAUGGAAAACUCUGUAAUGGUAACGUUAGAAGGGGGAGUUAAGGAAGGGUAUGAUACAAAAGAGAAACUGAAUCAGGAUCAUCCCUCGAAGGAUCCUCAACAGGGGGAGGGAAAACAGACUCAAAACGACGUGGUGAAUGAUUUGUUCGUGGCGAUAAACAAUUACGUGCCAGACAAGUCCCUAUUUGAUAUUUUCAAUUUUGACUCGGACGAUGAGGGUGUAGACAACACAAGGGGGGAUGAGGGAUGCAAGGCGGAGAAAGGUGUGAUGAACCAAGAUGGAGUUGCUCUAAAGAAACACGCAGUGAAGAAAGUCGAGCCCGAAGGGGCAAGGUGCGUCGAAGAGGCUAGUGCCCCAAAGGACGCACGCUCUGAAAGGGAAGACGCCGAUGUGAACGACGAAAUUGAGAAGAAACGGAAAGAGAAGGAACUGCUCGAGCUGGAAAUAGAAAACGCUCGAAAAAAAAAACAGUUGGAGGAGUUAGAGCUGCAGCUGCUAGAAAGGAAAAAAAUGGCCCUGCUAGCGGAUAGGUCACUAACAGCGGGGAACGGGGACGUGAAUGUAGACGACGAAACAAACUUAGCGGAUGAUGUAAAGGGUGAACCCCCAGUCGAUGUCGAGGUGCAGAAGGGGGCCAGCGGAGAGGAAACCAAAAAUGAAGGGGCGCAGAACGGAGAACAAUCCGCGUCCAACCAAGUGAUCGAAGUGAGCCCAGACACGACGCUAAGGGAUAAGGGUGACCAACACGCAGAAAAGGAAAGAGGCGAAAGCGGCAAGAAUGAACUACCAUCAGUGCAGGAAAACGAAAUAAACGACUGCCUCAAUGACUAUUUAAACAAACAGAAAAAGAAGAAGAAAAAAAAAAACAACUGGGCAUUGUAUGGAAGGCCCAAAGUGGAAAGGGAAAGAAAUACCAUCCUUAGAAGACUAUCAACCUCCAAGAGUGACAGCGGGUUUAACGACUACGCCUAUUUUGCGGAACGCUUUUUCGAAGUGGUUACAGGUUAUCGCAGUGACCCUGAUGAGUACGAGUGCAGUGAAGGGGGAAGUGGAGGGGACAGGAUUGCUCAAGUUAGAGAACGUGGAGAUCAUGGAGAAGGCUCCCAACAUGGACAAGGACAUUUUCCAAAAGACCACAGCGCAACCAUCCUUCACAUAAAUGAAAAGAUGAUAAAAGACGUAGACCAAUGUGACGCCUUUCACAAGUUAGGAAGACCAAAAUACAAAAAAAAAAGAAUCUACCAGAGGUUCAAAUCUACUACACACAAUACCAUUUUAAAAAAGAAUAGCUUGAAGCAGAAAAAAAAAUGUAUAAAACGAUCCACGCCCAAAAAUGAACCCCCCAAAUUUUUUGAAGAAAAUGAAAGAAUCUUAGAAAGGACGAAACUCAAGUUAAAGGAAAAACUAUCCAACAGAGGAGCACUCACAUUUUUAGAUAAGCUGUUGAAGAACAAUAACAUCCUGUUCUGGGAAAACCCAAAUGAAGGAGACGCCAAUUUUAUUAAAAACAGGAUGACCGAUGUGACGUCGCAGAGCGGAAGUGAGGAAGACAAAAUGUUAGACUUGAAAUAUAAGAGGAAGUUAAUUUACCAGGCACUGGGAAGUAGCAGCGGCGUGGGGGAUGCACGAGGAGCAAAUGUGGAGGAAGAAGACAGGAACGAGGAUUUGUUCAGAACCGCGGAGAUGAAGCGGUUAGAAGAGGAGAAGCGGUUGGAGGAGGAGAAGCGGUUGGAGGAGGUGAAGCGGUUGGAGGAGGUGAAGCGGCUGGAAGAGAUAAAGCGGAUAGAAGAGGUGAGACAUUUGGAAGAGAUGAGGCUGUUAGAGGAGAAAAAUAGGUUAGAAGAGGAGAGGCGGCUGGAAGAGAUAAAGCGAUUAGAAGAGGUUAGGCAUUUAGAGGAGAUGAAACUCUUGGAGGAGAAAAAGCGGUUAGAAGAGCAGAAGCGGCUGGAAGAGAUAAAGCGAUUAGAAGAGGCGAGACAUUUAGAAGAGAUGAAACUGUUGGAGGAGAUGAAACAAGCGGAGGUGGAGAAGCGGCUGGACGAGAUAAAGAGAUUAGAGGAGAUGAGGCUCUUGGAGGAGAUGAAGCGAUUAGAAGAGGCGAAGUGGGCGAAAAAGGCACGUCGCCUGGAGGAAAUGAAGCAGCUGGAAGAAAAGCGGCUAGCUCAGGUGAAAAGACAGGUUGAGUUGAGGCAGCUGCAGGAAAAGAGGCUAAGUGAGGCGAAACGAGAAGAGGAACAAAGGGGGGAAGCAAAAAGGACGGAGCAGCAGGCUAAAGCUGGAUAUAUAGAAAUGACCCCACGAGAGGAAGAUAAGAAAACGGAACAGACACAACAAAGGAAGGAUCUAUUUAGAAAUAUUAUGAAACAAAUUUAUACGGUGAAUCCACUAGCGUACUAUCUGAAGGAGGAUAAGGACAAAGGCGAGAAGGAGAAAAAUCACGAGGGAAAAGAAGACAGCGAUGAAAUGGAUUUAAAAGUGGAAAAGUCCUCAUUGGAGGUAGAUAAUUCAAAAGGCACAGAGAGGAACAUUUUUAUUGAUGAAAAAAAUAAUUUAAAUAUCGACAAAAGGGGAGAGCAGGAAGGGGAAGUAACCACUGCAAAGGGAGAGGAGAAUGUGAGGGAUGAGCAAACGAAGGAGGGGAAACAUCUACCGAACCUUUCUUGUGCAAAAAAUUACUCCAUAUUUGAAAAAAUGGAAAGGCAAAGGAAGAGGAGUUUUAGGGGGAAGACAAAAAUGCAUGGGAAGAGGGACUUGUCCAAAAACGCCUACGUGAACAAUUCUUUAAUAAUCAGCCAUGUGAUAAGUAGGGGGAAGGAUCAAGAGCAACAUGUGCCGAGUGCCCAGGGGAGGGACUCUGCUGCGGAGGAGACGGACGGUGAAGCAGAAAACUACGUCGAAACACGGGACGAUGCGAACCACAUGACCGUACUGGAUGAAGAGAAAAAGAAAAAGUUGCUAAAAAUGAGAAAACUAAACCUCAAGUAUAGCAACGCAUAUGAGGGGAAUCUGCGCAGUGCGAUAGGGGAAGGCGCUUCAGUGUCGAGUCAGGUAGACGAGUUGUUUGACGUGGAUGAAGAGGAUUUCUUCGCCACAGAAACGGAAGACUCCUUUUUGAAAAUCGACGAUGAGGAUGUAGAGCAGGAAGAAGCCACCAUGGAAGAUAUAAAAACGCGCGUUUAUAGAGAACUGUAUGGUGGAAGUGGGAGCAAAAGUAACUUAGAGUUGUCAUCUCUUUGGGCCGAUGAAUCCCCCCACGGUGACAGUUCCCCUUUUUACUCUGCGGAGCUAAAAAAUCUGAGCAGUUACGAUUUGUACAAUAAGCAAAUAAGCACAGAUGAGGUCAUGUGGAGAAAUGCAAAACGGCUUUCCCAUAAAAACCAGUUGGUGAGUAAGAGCAGUGAAGAAGAGAUAGAAGCGAAUGAUAACAUCUCGAAAAGCAGCCAAGAUGCUUACUUUGAUUUUGAAAAAAAAAAAACUUUUAGCAUGGAAGACAAAUAUAAUAUGUAUGCAAAUAGUGUUAGUAUUUUAUCCAGUGAUGAUUCAAUUCUUGCUAGGAGAAAAAUGUAUUACUUGGAUUCUGUGAGAAGUCACUACGAUGAAGGGACAGACCCCUUCACUAAGUACUCCUUCGAAAAGAUAGACGCAAGACAUUAUCACCGCGACAGGAACUUUGCACCAGACGAACACCAUAGCGGCAGUGAUGACGAGAUCCUUGCGACGGUGAUGAAAAAUUUAAACGGCUUGAAUAAGAAGAUAAAGUCUAUAGGAAUGAGUUACCACAUUGAGAAUGAGGGGCGUGGGAACAUGUCCAGUGGGGUCGAGGGAUACCUCCACAGGCGGCGCUCCGGGGAAGUUCGCCAUGUCGGUAGUUUCCAUGCUGAUGGGUACUACACUGGUGGAUACCACACCGGGGGGCACUAUACGGAUGCCCACCACGACGACCUUUCCUCGUUUUCCCUUUACCACAGCAAAACCCAGCCACACAUGAACACCGCGAGGAAUUUCCAAAGGGUGUACUCGCGCCAGUAA